AUGGUUGGAGAAGGAAGCUCUGGUUCUGUUUUUCUUGCCACUCCCAAAAACCCAAGAAGGGGUGAGUUUGGUAGCAUGCUAAACUUUCCAGGAUUGAUGGCGGUGAAAUCGGCAGAGGUCUCUGAUUCGGAGUCAAUCCGGCAUGAGGCAGAGGUUCUGUUGGAUAUUAAGGCUUGCCCUUUUGUCAUUGAGCGCUUUGGUGAAGAAAUCACAACCAGAGCGAAGAGGAUUCUUGAAGGGAUUAAGCAUAUUCACAAGUUUGAUUAUGUUCACUGUGAUUUGAAGCCGGAAAACAUUCUGCUUGUACCAAAUCCUGCAACUAGUACCGGUAGUUUUGUGGCCAAGAUUUCAGAUUUUGGAUUGGCUAAGAAAACCAAGGAGAAUUACGGUCAAUGGAGAGACACUCCUACGCAUCUGUCCCCAGAAGCCUUGAAUGAUAGUGAGCAGGAGCCGCCCUCUGAUAUAUGGUCUCUUGGUUGUAUCGUACUUGAGAUGCUAACUGGCAAGUCCUUCUCAGAUUUAAAGCCUGGUUGUGAACUUGAAGAUUUCCACUAUAUGUUUGAUCACAUAUGUACUCCCAAAAUCCCUGCUGAAGUCUCAGGUGUGGCCAGGGAUUUUCUUAAGAGUUGCCUUGCCAUGAGGUCUUGCGAAAGGCUAACCGCUGAAAAGCUCUUGCUUCAUCCAUUCGUUGUACGGCCAAAACCAUUGAAAGCAGCUCGUCGUACAAAGGGGAAGGUGGUUUGCUCAUCUUCAGGCUAUGCAGAUGGCUCCAAACCAAGUGCAGAUUGUCACGCAAGCUCUGCCAUUGUUCGCAGAAUUCCGCCACCACCCGGUUUUGAGAUACUUGCUGCUCUUGUUUGAUGUGAUAAACUCAGUACAAAUGUGUUAGGUUCUUUGUUGUUGUAU